GCCCACUUAGUAAAGGACUGUGGCUAAUCUGCAUAUGCACAUUAGCUCUAUUACCUAUUAGCGGAUUAAAAAGAUUUAAAACAAAGAGGAAGUAGGAAAAGAACUACAUUUCCUAUCUGCCCUGGCUGUCACAGACUAAUAGCACCAGCUGCUUUCCAUUGCCCUAAGGAGUGAUUCUACUGCUGCAACGAGACCAAAUACAACGAAAGUAUUGAUGCUGCAAAAGAAGACGGAUCUUUUGGUAGGCUGGUUAAUGAUGACCACAAGCACCCAAAUGGCAGAAUGCAGAAGACUGAAGUGGAUGGAAGCCCAUAUCUUUGUCUGUUUGCUUUAACAGACUUUAAAGAAGGUGAUGAAAUUACCUGCAAUUACGGAGGAGGAGACUGGCCUUGGUGUAGCAAGGUAAAACAUCUACUCUGAAAAAGAGGAAGGCUCGGGAAGGAAAUGAGGUCCAUGCAGUGGAGAGACAUAUGAAGACCUUCAUCAUGUCGUGUCGUGUCCCAGGGAAGUUGGCUGUGGGGGUGUAAACUGACAGAGGAAAGCUGUAGAGUUCUGUCCUCAGUUCUCAGAUCAAACUCCUCCAGACUGAGAGAACUGAACCUGAGUGUCAAUAACCUGCAGGAUUCAGGAGUGAAGCUGCUCUCUGCUGGACUGGAGAAUCCACACUGUACACUGGAGAUACUGAGAAUAAACGGUUAGGAAGUGAAAGUGAAAGUCAGUCUCCAUUUUGUGUGGAGGGGAAAAUACAGCAUUUCAGGAGUAAAAACACAGGGUUGAUUUAACACACCGAUGUUGGAGUGAAGUAAACGUGUGUCCUGCUGUAAUCUGGAGAAGGAGACAUGACCUCCAACAUGAGUGUGUCUGGAGAACAGGACUUAAAGAGAGACGAGAGAAUGAUGGAGGGAAAGAGAUCAGACUCACCAAAACCCAGCUGUGUGUCCAUGAAGAGUAACUGGUCAAUGGAGCAGCCACUUCACUUCAGAGACGGAGCCAGUUCUCCUGAUGUGAGACCACAACAGAAGAAAUCAAACCUCAGCAGAAAUCAGUUGGACUCCAUAUUCAAGGAGCUGGAACACAAAGUCAUCACUCUGAUAAAGAAUGAGCUGAAGAGGUUUAGGAAGCUCCUGAGUCCAGAUUACCCAGCAUGCACUGAGAGGGAGGUGCAGGAUGAGGAGGAUCUGCACAGUGUCAGAGACGGAGCGCUGAAGAUCACACUGCACGUCCUGAAGAACAUGAACCACACAGAUCUCGCUAACACACUGCACAACAAACUCACCUCUGUGUAUCAGACAAAGCUGAAAUCCAGCCUGAGAGAGAAGUUUAAAAGAAUUAAUGAAGGAAUCUCACAGCAUGGAAGUUCAGCACUUCUGAAUGAGAUCUACACAGAGCUCUACAUCACAGAGGGUUGGAGUGGAGACGUCAAUAAUGAACAUGAGGUGAGACAGAUUGAAACAGCGUCCAGGAGACCAGCAACACAGGAGACACCCAUCAAAUGUAAUGAUCUCUUUAAAGACAAGUCCAUCAGAAGUGUUCUGACUAAAGGAGUUGCUGGAAUUGGAAAAACAGUUUCUGUGCAGAAGUUCAUUCUGGACUGGGCUGAAGGAAAAGCAAAUCAGGACGUCACCUUCAUGUUUCCACUUCCCUUUAGAGAGCUGAAUCUGAUGAAGCAGAAACAUCUCAGUCUGAUGGAUCUUCUUCAUCACUUUUUCCCUGAAAUGAGAAAACUACAAUUAAUAGACUCCUACAAAGUGGUGUUGAUCUUUGAUGGUCUGGAUGAGUGUCGACUUCCUCUAAAUUUCCAGAAGAAUGAGAGAUUGUGUGAUGUGACAGAGUCAGCCUCAGUGGAUGUGCUGCUGACGAACCUCAUCAAGGGGAAUCUGUUUCCCUCUGCUCUCCUCUGGAUAACCUCUCGACCAGGAGCAGCCAAUCAGAUCCCUCCUGAGUGUGUAGACCAGGUAACAGAGGUACGAGGGUUCAGUGAUCCUCAGAAAGAGGAGUACUUCAGGAAGAGGAUCAGUGAUCAGAGCCUGACCAAUAAAAUCAUCUCACACAUGAAGUCUUCAAGAAGCCUCUACAUCAUGUGUCACAUCCCAGUCUUCUGCUGGAUCUCAGCCACUGUUCUAGAGAGAAUGUUGGGUGAAGCAGAGAGUGGACAGAUCCCCAAGACUCUGACUCAAAUGUUCACACACUUCUUGAUCUUUCAGAUCAAACACAAGGACCAAAAGUACCAUCAGAAAUGUGACCCUGAUCCUCAGCAGACCAGAGAGAGUAUCCUGGCACUGGGAAAACUGGCUUUCCAACAGCUGGAGAAAGGAAACCUGAUCUUCUAUGAGGAAGACCUGAGAGAGUGUGGCAUUGAUGUGAGAGAAGUGUCGGUGUACUCAGGAGUGUGUACCCAAAUCUUCAGAGAGGAGUUUGGGCUUCACCUGGGGAAGGUGUUCAGCUUUGUACAUCUGAGUGUUCAGGAGUUUCUGGCUGCUUUAUACACAUUUCUCUCCUUCAUCAGCAGAAAUGUAACAGAACAACAAACCACUGAUCUGUCUGAUCUUCUCACCAAGUCAGACAUGUCUGAUCUCCUCAGGACUGCAGUGGACAAGGCCUUACAGAGUGAGAACGGACACCUGGACCUGUUCCUCCGCUUCCUUCUGGGUCUCUCACUGGAGUCCAAUCAGACUCUCUUACGAGGCUUAAUGCCACAGACAGGAUGCAGCUCUCACAGCAAACAGGAAACAGUCGAAUACAUCAAGGAGAAGAUCAGGGAGAAUCCAUCUCCAGAGAAAUCCAUCAAUCUGUUCCACUGUCUGAAUGAACUGAAUGAUCAUUCUCUAGUGCAGGAAGUACAGACUUACCUGAACAGAGGAGGUCACAGUCGUCUCAGUAGAACCAGACUCUCUCCUGCUCAGUGGUCAGCUCUGGUGUUUGUGUUACUGAACUCAGAUCAGGAGCUGGAUGUGUUUGAUUUGAGGAAAUAUGACCAAUCAGAGGAAAGUCUUCUGAAGCUGCUGCCAGUGGUCAAAGCCUCCAGAAGAGCUGAUCUGCGUGUGUGUAAACUGACAGAGGAAAGCUGUAGAGUUCUGUCCUCAGUUCUCAGAUCAAACUCCUCCAGACUGAGAGAACUGAACCUGAGUCACAAUAACCUGCAGGAUUCAGGAGUGAAGCUGCUCUCUGCUGGACUGGAGAAUCCACACUGUACCCUGGAGAUACUGAGGCUGUGUAAGUGUGAUCUGACAGAGGAAAGCUGUAGAGUUCUGUCCUCAGUUCUCAGAUCAAACUCCAGACUGAGAGAACUGAACCUGAGUGACAAUAACCUGCAGGAUUCAGGAGUGAAGCUGCUCUCUGCUGGACUGGAGAAUCCACACUGUACACUGGAGAUACUGAGGAUGUGGAACUGCAGGAUUACAGAUGAAGGUUGUGCUGCUCUGGCUUCUGCUCUGAGGUCAAACUCCUCAUCACACCUGAGAGAACUGGAUCUGUACGUUAAUAAUCCAGGAGAAUCAGGAGAGAAGCUGCUCUCUGAUCUACUGAAGGAUCCACACUGUAACCUGGAGACACUACACAUUAAGGGUAAUAAACUCACCAGGACGGCGUAUGACAGGAGUCUCACCUCAAACCUCUUCUCCAGGAUAAAGCAGUCUUGGUGAAGAGUUAGAACCCGUCCCACAUUUCCAGCAGUUUGGGAGCUGAAUCAUUAAACUUAAAGGGGCAGAGCAGAAACAAAGUCAAGAACAGGCAGAAGGUCGUACACAGGAGAAAUCAACACACGUAACCAAAUAUCUGCUGUACAAAGCAACGGCACCAAUCUGCCCCGGGGAUGGAGACUGACGAGGCUUAAGUACACGUCCGGAAAUGUGCAUCCAACUCAUCCCAAAGCACGAGGCGGGAGCAGGCGUGUACGAGAUGUGAUCGUCCAAUGGCAAGCAGGAACAUGACGCAUCGCAGUGGACUGGGCUUAAAAGAGGAGACGAGACACCCAUCCCUCCCCCGACAUAGACACACAAAUGGAACAUAGUACAAACAGAAAUACAACUGAGGACGUAACAAUGGCCAAGUAUCAAAUGAAAUGUAAACUUGCAUUGAUGAAGGUAAUGUUGUUAGUAAUUGUUUAUAAAUUACCAUGGUAACACAGAGCUCCAAGGUAUAAAAAUAUGGAAUUUGUCAUCAAACAGUAACCAGUUUUAAUACCUAAAAAAGUUUACGUAGCAAAAUUUAGCAAAGCGCUUUACAGUAAAUUAAAAUGUAAAAUUAAACUAAUGAAAUGUUGUGCAGCACAUGCUUAUGUUAAUGUUUGUUACAUUAUAUGAUCAUAUAAAUAAAUAAAUACUCCUAAAGUCACCAGAAUUGAAAGCUUUGGUGCUGUUAAACAUUUAGAGAUUGAGGUUGUGGUGACUCAGUAUUUCACUCAGUAUAUCUGGGUAAGACACAGUGAACGACUCACUGCUGGCAUUCAUGAAGAAGUCAUAAACUCCACUGCAAUAAUAAAUAGGAUCUAAUAAAACCAUGAGUGGAAAUUAUUGGUGUAAGUUUGUUAGGAUAGACUUCCUCCAACCUGGAACUAUAUCCUCCAGUCCACGCGGUGGCGGUAACACGCCUAACAGCUGCGUCUCCGACCAGUAGAAAUCACAGAAGAAGAAAAAGCUGCAGCGGGUAUCUCCUGAGCAAAUCCCUUCUAUUGUGCACUGGAAGAUCGCUGGACUUGAAGCAACUCCAAAUGGUGGCCUGUUUGUCCAAAGCCCAGGCUGACACCCCACCCCUUCAACCUUUGCAGCAAUGCUGGCAGCACUCAUACAUCUAUUUCCCAAAGACAACCUCUGGAUAUGACGCUGAGCACGUGCACUCAACUUCUUCUUUGGUCGACCAUGGCGAGGCCUGUUCUAAGUGGAACCUGUCUUGUUAAACCGCUGUAUGGUCUUGGCCACCGUGCUGCAGCUCGGUGUCAGGGUCUUGGUAAUCUUCUUAAAGCCUAGGCCAUCUUUAUGUAGAGCAACAAUUCUUUUUUCAGAUCCUCAGAGAGUUCUUUGCCUUGAGGUGCCAUGUUGAACUUCCAGUGACCAGUAUGAGGGAGUGUGAGAGCGAUGACACCAAAUUUAACACACCUGCUCCCCAUUCACACCUGAGACCUUGUAACACUAACAAGUCACAUGACACCGGGGAGGGAAAAUGACUAAUUGGGCCCGAUUUGGACAUUUUUACUUGGGGAUGUACUCACUUUUGUUGCCAGCAGUUUAGACAUUAAUGGCUGUGUGUUGAGUUAUUUUGAGGGGACAGCAAAUUUACACUGUUACACAAGCUGUACACUCACUACUUUACAUUGUAGCAAAGUGUCAUUUCUUCAGUGUUGUCACAUGAAAAGAUAUAAUCAAAUAUUUACAAAAAUGGGGUGUUCUCACUUUUUUGUGAAAUACUGUACAUCUUUUUAUUUACUUUAAUAUUUAUUCAUAGUGUGCAUUUUUUAUAUAUAUAAAAUAUAAAAAUAUAUAAUAUAAAAAAAUAUAUAUAUAAUAUAAAAAUUAGUGUGUUUAUUUCAUUAGAAAAAGUGCAGUACAUUUUCAUGGUACGGUCAGUACUGUUUAUUUUUGUAAUAAAGUGAACUUAAUUUUUCCACUGAGUGUUAUAUUUUCAUUCAGUAGUAAUCGGUUAUUAGUAGGUGCUACCUGACUUGGUUAUCAGCGUCUGUAAGAUCCACUAUCGGUCAGCCUUUAAAAUAGAUUAAUGUGUAUGACAUGAUCUUCUUUAAUUAAUAAAGAAAUUCACUUGUUGACAACUUGCUGUGGUAUAAGGGGAAUAAAACACUUCAGAAUGUGCACUUAUACCUUAGGGUGGUAACGGUCAUUCCACUUCAUCGUUGACUAAUUUAUGUAAGGAAUAAACAUGCGGUUAUAGGAAAGUAAACACAAAGCAUGUAGGGGUUCUACAUGCAUGUAGUAUUUGUACAAUCAAUAACCUAUUAGAGUAAUACAUUGUGGUAUAUAAACUGAAUUUUGUGUUUGUGUCUGCAGUGUCCAAAGCCCGUGGUGGUGGCAGUGCAUGGCGUGUGUGUGGAAGCAGGAGUGGAUCUAAUCACAGCCUGUGAUAUUCGUCUGUGCACACAGGACGCCUGGUUUCAGGUGAAGUCGUGUGUUUCCUGAUAGUCAAUGAUUGCUGGAGCUCUGGAAAUAGCAGGUGAGAUUGCAGGCUGGAGUCGCGUCGCUGUCCAAGGAACCAAAUCAACCUCCGCUACUCCCGAGACCACAGUGUAACUGAGAGCCUAGACUAGAUGGCUACUCGGAACAUGAACAUGUUGCAGACACAGGAUCUUAUGAAGUCAGCGCAGGUAGCCCUGGAAAAGAAGAUUCCGAAAGACGUGCCCUUCUCCAAGCUUUAAAGGAGAAGAUCCAGGGCUGUUGAAGCUGCGGUGGAACUGAGACUUCAUCAUCCACAUGUCUUUAAUUCUUCUUGCUAAGUCUCAGUUUCUUUUUAGUCUUUUUAUUUUUAGACUGGUCAAAAGACUGAUUAGUGGAAGUGAAAUGAUGGAUGAACUUUUAAUUACUUGCUUGAUUAUUUGCAGGUGCUUUGUACAGUAAGACAGGGUAACUAAUACUCAAAAGCUUGUUUUGUGUGUUAACAUGUACAGUAGAUGUACAUAUUUUUUCUGGUCCUGUGUGACUGCAGAAUGUAGUGCAGUUAACACAGUAAAUUUCCUUGGAUGCUCACUUUUAACUCGAGGAGGUCACAGUUUGCCCAGACAUCUUUUUUUAAAUCCGUCAAUCAGUCACCCACACGUCAUUCUUGGGGACGAAGAGGAGGAAGCUGGACAGAUAUAUUUAUUUAUUUAUUUAUUUAUCAUUGCUGUUUCCUCAAUUGAGUGCAGAAAGAAGAGAAACAACACAACUGAUUUAAAAUAAAAAUAUAGAAAACAAUCUAAUGUAAGGUUCUGAUCCGGUUUGCUUUCAGCAGGAAGGCUGUCCUCUUUCCUGUUGCUCUUUCUCUUCUAUUAGUCCAUUUGUCCAGUCUGAAUCGGUUUGAUUCGUUUCGAGACGAUUCGGAGUCAAAUAAUUUUCUAGUGAGAGUCGCACACUUCCAAACGAACUAGACUGAGAUGAGUAUUUGAUUCUCACUAGAAAGUUAUUCGACUCUGAAUAAACUCGAAAUGAAUCAGUCAAACUGAUUCAGACUCUAUAAAAGGAGUGACAUGUGAUUAAUAUAUAUAUUCCAACGUUUUGCUUUACAAUUCCAGUGUGCGUGUGCGUGCACGCGCACGUGUGUUUUUCAGGAGAACGAGAAACUUGGACACAAGAGUACAUCCUGACCAUUGGUACUGUGUACACAUCAACAUGCACACACGUCUCCAUGCUGGACAUCUCAGGAGCUUUCACACAGUGCUAGGAAUAUCCCGGGACAGAGAAACGCACCUUCUAAGAACAGAAAUGAUCUUUUGAGGCAGCUUCUUCAUCACUACCUGCUCCGUUUGACUCAAAAAUGUAACGACCGGUUUCAAAAAGUCACGAUGUCUUCAGUUCAUGUGAUUUUACUGUUGAAUUUAAACAGGAAAUGUGAAAUAUUUUUGUUCCUUUGUUUCCUGUCUUUUUGCUGUGAUCUUGAACACAGUUGUAAUUUUUUUUUAAAGUAAUAAAUAAAUGAUCAUUCUAGUUCUCUCACUUUCCUUGUCCUAAUUGUCCUGUAUCGGUUAAAUCCGUUUCAUCUCUGGUCUUUCUGUCUGUAUGAACACUUGUAGAAAUGACAUGUAGUCCAUAUUUUUAAAUGAUUCGUGAUUUUGUAUUUAAAUAAAGAUAUUCUUUAAUUCUG